GCGGGGCUCGCGUAGGAAGCCGGGGGCGAGAGCGGGUGUAGGGGCCGGCGCCUCAGGCCUUGGACGCGCAGCCGGGCGCACGCGGCCUGGCGCCCCUAGUCGGCCUGGGAUUGGCUGGCCCGCGGCUUCCCGCCUCCAGCCAAUCGCCGGCGAGGACUUCCUGAGGGGACCUCUUUCCGUCCCUCGCCUUUCGCUCUUCAGGCCGGAGCCCGAGGUUCCGGAGGCCGCGCUCCCACUCCCGCGAUGAGGCCUGGGAAAGCUUGCCUGCUCGUCCUGCUCCUGGCGUUGGCGCAGCUCUUGGCCGUGGCGAGCGCUGGGGAGCCGGACGAAGAUUCUAAUAAAGAAGAUGCCGUUGAAGAGGAAGACGAGGAAGAAGACGAGGAGGACGACUUGGAGGUUAAGGAGGAAAAUGGUGUCUUAGUCCUAAGUGAUGCAAACUUUGAUAACUUUGUGGCUGACAAGGACACAGUGCUGCUGGAGUUUUAUGCUCCAUGGUGUGGACAUUGUAAGCAGUUUGCUCCAGAAUAUGAAAAAAUAGCCAGUACCUUGAAGGAGAACGACCCUCCCAUUCCUGUCGCUAAAAUAGACGCCACCUCGGAGUCGGCGCUGGCCAGCAGGUUUGAUGUGAGCGGCUAUCCCACCAUCAAGAUCCUUAAGAAGGGGCAGGCUGUCGACUACGAGGGCUCCAGGACCCAGGAAGAAAUUAUUGCCAAGGUCAGAGAGAUCUCCCAGCCCAACUGGACGCCUCCACCAGAAGUCACACUUGUGCUGACCAAAGAUAACUUCGAUGAAGUUGUAAAUGAUGCAGACAUCAUUCUGGUGGAGUUUUAUGCCCCAUGGUGUGGACACUGCAAGAAACUGGCCCCCGAGUACGAGAAGGCCGCUAAGGAGUUGAGCAAGCGCUCACCCCCAAUCCCCCUGGCGAAGGUCGACGCCACUGCGGAAACAGAGCUGGCCAAGAGGUUCGAUGUCUCUGGCUACCCCACCCUGAAGAUCUUCCGCAAGGGAAAGCCUUUUGAUUACAAUGGCCCGAGAGAGAAAUAUGGGAUUGUGGACUACAUGAUCGAGCAGUCCGGGCCGCCCUCCAAGGAGAUUCUGGCCCUGAAGCAGGUCCAGGAGUUCCUGAAGGAUGGAGACGAUGUCAUCGUUAUUGGGGUCUUCAAGGCAGAGAGCGACCCAGCCUAUCAGCUGUACCAGGAUGCUGCUAACAACCUGAGAGAAGAUUAUAAAUUUCACCACACUUUCAGCACUGAAAUAGCAAAGUUCUUGAAAGUCUCCCCAGGGAAGUUGGUUGUAAUGCAGCCAGAGAAAUUCCAGUCCAAAUACGAGCCCAGCAGCAACAUGAUGGACAUCCAGAGCUCCACAGAGGGCUCAGCCAUCAAGGACUACGUGCUGAAGCACACCUUGCCCCUGGUGGGUCACCGCAAGCCCUCCAAUGACGCCAAGCGGUACACGCGACGCCCUCUGGUGGUCGUCUACUAUAGCGUGGACUUCAGCUUUGACUACAGAGCUGCCACUCAGUUUUGGCGGAGCAAAGUGCUGGAGGUGGCCAAGGAAUUUCCUGAGUACACCUUUGCCGUGGCUGACGAGGACGACUUUGCCACGGAGGUGAAGGACCUGGGGCUCAGCGAGAGCGGGGAGGAUGUCAACGCUGCCAUCCUGGAUGAGGGUGGGCGGAAGUUUGCCAUGGAGCCCGAGGAGUUUGACUCCGAUACCCUCCGCGAGUUCGUCACAGCUUUCAAAAAAGGAAAACUGAAGCCAGUCAUCAAAUCCCAGCCGGUGCCCAAGAACAACAAGGGGCCAGUCAAAGUCGUCGUGGGGAAGACCUUCGACUCCAUUGUGAUGGACCCCAAGAAGGACGUCCUCAUCGAGUUCUACGCACCUUGGUGUGGGCACUGCAAGCAGCUGGAGCCCGUGUACACUGCCCUGGGCAAGAAGUACAAGAGCCGCAAGGAUUUGGUCAUUGCCAAGAUGGAUGCCACCGCCAACGAUGUCACCAGUGACCGCUACAAAGUUGAGGGGUUCCCCACCAUCUACUUUGCCCCCAGUGGGGACAAAAAGAACCCAAUUAAAUUUGAGGAUGGAAACAGAGAUCUGGAGCAUUUGAGCAAGUUUAUAGAAGAACAUGCCACAAAACCAAGCAGGACCAGGGAGGAACUUUGAAGCUCUGAGGUCUGCAGAGGGCUGUAGGGACCAGACGCACGAGUUGCCAGCAUCCAGAGCCCGAGGGAGCCACCGGCCCAUGGGUCAACUCGAGGGCAGUGUCUCAAGUUUUUGUUUGUUUUUUUAAUUUUUUAUACUCUGGUGUUUCACCUCAUGCUCUGAAUACUGAAUAGAUAUGAAUGACUCAAUAGGUUAGUACAGAUUUUUACAGAGGAUACAUCUAUUUUUAUCAUCAUUUGGGGUUUGAUUUUUUUUAACUUUCCACUUUAAUAUAUUUCUUCAAAGCAGAUAAGUUGGAUCUGUUCUAUGUGAAUGUUUUUUUCUUUUUUUAAUUCAAAAUUUCAAAAAAUCUUUGCCAAAUCAAGUUGAAUUUUGCCCUUUAUUUUGUUGUUGUCUGAGAGAUUAUUAGUGAAGAAGAUUUGACUAUUGGUGUGCUUUAGUUUUUGUUUGUUUCCAUCACAACAUGAAGUGAGAACCAUCGCCAAGCACCCUGCCAAGGAUGACAUUUCAGCCGACCUGAGCUGCCGCCCAGUCCGGGGAGAAGCAGCAUCUCUGUAGGACUGGGCAUCGCCGUGCCUUCUCCUUUCAAACCAAGCACUGUGGGGUGAGGAUUCUUUCCCAGAGCCCCAGGCCUCGAGCCAGGUUCUGCAGUCUGGCCUCAGAGAGAGAGGCCGCCCAGCUGUGGGCCCAGCAGCCCCGCCUCUUCAGCAGCAACGCAGCUGGAGGAAUGACCUAGGGCACAGGUGGAUGUUUUGGGGAGAUAGAAAAGGUAGGGUACGCUGUCACAACGGAAUAAAAGAAACAUUGAAAAUUAA